AUGGAUUGGCAGGGGAUUAAACCUCGACUCAAAUGGGAGAUGUUUUUGGAGAUGGCAUCAAGAUAUGCUGAUUAUCGAACAACCAAGGACAAUCGCAGAAAUAGUAGUGGUUCAAUAGUUUUCAUAGACAAUGAUCAUGUUCAAAACUGUAAUCCUUAUAAGAAGAAUGUCAUUCUUGAUUCUGACUCUGAUUGUAAAGAAGAACCAGAAAAUAAUCCCUUCCAUUCUACCUUAAGAGCAGGCCAUGUAUUGCCAAAUUUAAAAGAAAUGUGUGUUGGUAACAGAGAAAAAAGAAUUUCGGAUAUUGCUGAACAGAGAAGUUCAUUGUCAACAAAUUCCAUGUCCGAUCAGGACGUAUUCCAGUCUGAUAAUGAAACUGAACCAAUGUCACCAGUAAAAUCUCAUAAAUCAACAAGAAUUAGUCUUGCUAAAUUAUUGACUAUUGAUGGUGAAGCAGUUUCAGAUGCCUAUCGGAAAUCUUUAUGUAAUGCCAAAGAAACAUUUAAAAAUCCCAAUAUUGUCAGUGCUUGUGAUGAUGAAAUGCGUGAGAAGUCUGUAACAGCCUUGAGUUUUGGUGACAGUGAAAGUGAGAAAAAGGAUAUUGCUAAGAGUGGCAAUGAUAAGAAAUAUUUGCAGGAUUUUCACGGUAAAGAUUAUGGAUGCAGUAUGAAAGAUCUUCUAGUGCAAAAGCACAAUGGCUCUGUAGCCCAUUUUAGUACAAAUGACAGUGAAUAUAAAAUUGGGACUACUGUGAAAAAUGGGGAUGGUAGUGAGAAAAAUUUACAGGGUUCUCACGAAAGUGGAAAUGGUAAAUACAAAAAUAAGAAAAUUCUUGUUCAAAGUCAUGACGGUACUGUGGCACAUUUUAGUUCAGAUAACAGUGGAGAUGAAAUUGAGACUGUGAAAAAUGGGAAUGGUAGUGAGGAGAAUUUUCAGGUUUCCCAAGAAUGUGAAAAUGGUAAAUACAAAAAUAAGAAAAUUCUUUUACAAAGGCAUGAUGGUACUGUGGGGCAUUGUAGUUCAGGUGACAAUGAGAGGAUGCUGAAAAAUAGUUAUGAUAGUGUAAAAAACUAUAGUACUGAAGGUAAUGGACUUCAAAAAAAUAAAAUUCUGGUUCAAGAGCAUGAUGGCAUAGUGGCUCGUUUUAGCUCCAAUGAAAAUAAAAUUGAAUAUGUGGAAAUAGCAGAGGAUGAUGGUCAAAAUUCUGGUAACAAUAAAAUAAAUGAACAACCAGAGAUUCAGGGUUUAAAAUCGGAAAAUAGAUUGGUUAAAUCAAACAUUUCUGAUGUAAGAUCGUUUAUAUCUGUACAGAAACUACAGGUUACUCAGUCUUUUAUUCAACUGAAGAAUGAAAUUGAAGUAUUGACAAGAGAUAUUUCUAAGUUGAAAAAAAUUUUAAAGUGUAUUGAUAUUGACCAGUUACCAGAUAAUGGAAUGAAACUACUAAUGAAGUUACAAGAGAGCUUAUACUUGCUAAAACUGAAAGAGAGAGAAUUAAAAAUAUUGCCAAUGUAUUCCACUGGUGAAAGGAUACCAGAAAACACUGUCAAACCAACUAGCCGUUUGCCAGUUGGCUUUGGAGUCAAAGCUUUGCAGACUCAAAUUAGAGAAAAAACCUUAACUGAAGAAGCACUCUCUGAUUUACACGGGUCCAUUAGUACAUGUCCAACAGAAAAUGUUCUGGCAGAUGCUCCAUUGGGCUUGAGAUCCUCUGUGAAAUUAAUGAUUCAUCAACGCCACGCUUUGGCAUGGCUUCUAUGGCGGGAAACCCAGAGACCACCUGCUGGUGUAUUAGCAGACGACAUGGGACUGGGGAAGUCACUCACAAUGAUAUCCCUGGUGCUAAAAACUAAAGAAAAAGAGGCAGAGGAUGAAAGAUGUGAAAAAAGAAAAGAUGAGGAUGCAUUUGAGAAGGAGAGUGAUGGGUAUCCUUUGGGAGGUACCCUGGUUGUUUGCCCUGCCAGCUUGCUCCUGCAGUGGGAAGAUGAAAUAACGAAACACUGUAAGAGAGGUGUUUUGGAGGUGGAAAUUCAUCAUGGUUUACAAAGGGAGGAAAAUGCAAGAUUAUUAGCACAAAAUGAUAUUGUUAUAACCACAUACAGCAUUGUGAGAACAAGUGCCAAUAAAGGAGGGAAGGAAGAAACUGAAAGAACAAAGAGAGGUGUUCUACACAGGGUACAGUGGAGGAGAAUUAUUUUAGAUGAAGCACAUGUAGUACGAAAUCACAAAAGUCAACAGUCACUUGCUGUGUGUCUUCUUAUGGGCCAUAAGAGAUGGGCUCUUACUGGAACACCAAUCCAUAAUAAAGAACUAGAUUUAUAUGCACUAUUGAAAUUCCUUCGGUGCUCUCCGUUUGAUGAUUACAAUGUGUGGCGUCAUUGGGUAGACAAUAAAAGUAGUGCUGGCAUUAAAAGAUUAAACACUGUUAUUAAUGCAAUUAUGCUACGCCGUACAAAGGCAUUGUUACAAGAUAAAGGAGAAUUAGUAAGCCUCCCCAAAAAAAAUCUGCAGGAAAUAUUUUUACAGUUAGAGAAGGAUGAGUUUGAUGUUUACACCAAAGUACUUCGGUUUUCCAAGACUCUGUUUGUUCAGUUUCUACAACAAAGAGCAGAAAAGGAGAUGUUAGGAAUGCCUACAUUUUCCCAACCUCAAUCAUUGGACACUAAAGAAAUGAUUGCAAGCAAUCCAGAGUUGGCAAGUAUGUUCAACAAAAUGAAGCAGAUGCAUGAUAUCAAGACACAUCACAUUCUGGUACUAUUGUUGAGGCUUAGACAGAUCUGUGUGCACCCUGGGCUGAUAAAGGCAAUGCUUGAUGAAGAGGCAAAGCAGUCUAUAGAUGAUGCGAAUGAGGUAGAUGGUGAUAUUCUCUCAAAAAUGGGGGCAAUGUCCUUAGAAGAUCGUUCUCCCAGAAAUGACAAAGAUUUGGAAGAAUCUUUGAAAUUGGGAAGAGAUUUGGAAGAAGUUUUAAAAGUGAACAGCCCCGUUUUUGACCUUACAAGGAUGAGUUCUAAAAUGAAGGCUGUUUUUAAAGUACUUAGAGAGAAAGUUAUUAAUACAUCUGAUAAGGGAAUUAUUGUUUCCCAGUGGACGUCAGUGCUGAAUAUAAUUUAUACCCAUCUGGUUGACAUUGGAGUAAAAUGUGAUAUCUUAAGUGGUUCUGUACCUGUGAAAGAUCGAAUGGAGGUUGUUAAAAAAUUUAACACUGAAAGUGGUAAUCAGGUACUACUCCUUUCACUCACGGCAGGAGGUGUAGGAUUAAAUCUUACUGGAGCAAAUCAUCUCUUUCUAAUUGAUUUGCAUUGGAAUCCACAACUGGAAUCACAGGCAUUUGACAGAAUAUACAGAGUAGGGCAGAAGAAACCAGUGUACAUUUAUAAAUUUAUAUGCCAGGAAACCAUUGAAGAAAGAAUUAAAGUUCUACAGGACAAAAAACAAUCAUUAGCAACAAGUGUCCUAAGUGGCACUAUGCAAAGAAAUGCUAACAAAUUAACAUUGCAAGAUCUCAAGAGUCUAUUCAGCAUGUAA